AUGGGAUCCAAGCGUCCGCGUGAGGUAGACACAGCUCCGGCAGUCGAGGACCUUACUUUGGAUGGGCCACCAGAGAAGAAACCGAGGGAACUAGAGAGGCACCUGCGUGAAUCUUCCCAGCGAAGUAUGCCUCACUCAUUCGGAAUUCGCGUAUCAUCAGCGGCAAGCGGCAAUGCUCCAGGAGCAGAAGGAGCAGCUACGAAAUUGGGAGAAUCUCCCAUAAUGCUUAAGACUUAUUGCCAGCAUGAUGUUUCUCUGCCAGCAGGCUAUCCAGAACCAUACGAUUUUGAUAAGAUGGCUCAACCGGCUGACCAUAAGCCCGCGAAGGAAUAUGCAUUCACGCUCGACGCUUUUCAGAGAGAGAGCGUCAAAUGCAUUGAGCGAAAUGAAAGCGUACUUGUAGCGGCCCAUACCAGUGCUGGAAAGACUGUUGUCGCAGAAUAUGCAAUCGCCACGGCAUUACGCGAGAAGCAACGUGUUAUUUACACAUCCCCGAUCAAGGCGUUGAGUAACCAAAAGUUUCGAGAACUUGAGCAUGAGUUCAGCGAUGUUGGCCUCAUGACAGGAGAUGUAACUAUCAACAAAAACGCUUCAUGUCUCGUCAUGACUACUGAAAUUUUGCGCAGUAUGCUCUACCGGGGCUCGGAAGUUGUGCGCGAGGUGUCAUGGGUUAUUUUUGAUGAAGUUCAUUACAUGAGAGACCAGGAAAGAGGAGUUGUUUGGGAGGAAACAAUCAUUCUCGUCCCACAGAAUGUCCGUUUUGUCUUUCUUAGCGCGACGAUUCCGAAUGCCAGGGAAUUUUCUGAAUGGAUUGCGCAUCUCAAGAAUCAACCGUGCCAUACGAUCUACACCGACACGCGACCAGUGCCUCUGCAGCAUUAUCUCUUCCCGUCUGGCGGUGAGGCCUUACACCUAAUAGUCGAUGACAAAGGCAACUUCAAAAUGGAUGCAUUUGAGAAAGCAAUGACCGAGAUGGGGUCGAACAAGAAUGACAAGCUCGGUAGCGGCGGCGGUGGGGCUCUUGUGAAAAAAAAGAAGAAUCGUCGAGACUCUGGCGUUCCUGGCAAAUCGGAUUGCUUCAAAGUUGUGAAGAUGAUCAUGGAUCGCGACUAUCAUCCAGUGAUAGUUUUCUCGUUUUCACGACGAGACUGUGAAGCAAUGGCCAUGCAAAUGGCUCAGCUUGAAUGCAACAACGAAGAAGAACAGGAGCUUGUUAGCAAGGUCUUCGAGAAUGCUGUUUCAUCUCUAAAUGUCGAGGAUCAAAGCCUCCCUCAGAUUACGGCGAUUCUUCCACUGCUGAAGAAGGGAGUUGGCAUACAUCAUUCUGGACUGCUGCCAAUCAUUAAAGAGGUGGUAGAAAUCUUGUUCCAAGAGGGCCUGUUAAAAUGCUUGUUUGCAACUGAGACGUUUUCAAUGGGGCUCAACAUGCCCGCUCGUACUGUGGUGUUCUCUCAGUAUCGAAAGUUCGAUGGGUCACAAUUUAGGCCAAUCCUUGGAGGAGAGUACGUGCAAAUGAGUGGGCGUGCUGGUCGAAGAGGAAUAGAUGCCAAAGGGAUUGCGAUUCUUAUGUGUGACGAGAAGAUUGAGCCAACAAUGGCCAAGAAUAUCAUGAGCGGAUCUGCGGAACCAUUGAAAUCUACUUUUCGGCUUGGUUACAACAUGCUUCUCAAUCUCUUGCGAGCAGAAGAAGCCGAUCCGGAGUACGUCAUAGCAAGAUCAUUAGCUCAAUUUCAGGCGGACAGAGCGCUCCCAGCGAAUGAGAAGAAGCUUCAAGAGCUUGAGAUGGAAAAGGCUAGCAUGGUCGUUGGUGGACAGGGAUUUGGGGUCGAAGAACACGAAGUCAAAACCUAUUUUAAGCUGCGGGAGGUUGUGGAGAAGUUGCGAAAAGAGAUUCGAGACCUCAUCCACAAACCAUCGCAUAUCGUACCGUUCCUGCAACCUGGGCGACUGACACGGGUGCGUGACGAGAAAUUAGACAUUGACUACGGAUGGGGUGCUAUCAUUCAAUUCACUCGCAAAGGGUCAGCAUCCCGGAAAAAGCCAGAAGACGAACGAUAUAGUAUUGACGUCCUGUUGCGGUGUGAAGCCGGAUCUAACAAAGGAAAGCGACCUCGUCCGUAUAAGUUGCCUGCCAAGAGUAAGAGCGAAAAUGGGAGCAUAUCUAAAGACAAACGGAAGGCCAAUGCUCCACCAAAAGAGGAAUGGAUUGUUGUGAACUCCACGUUUAGAGAUCUGGACGGUCUAUCUGCAUUACGGGUAUACAAACCCGCAGAUCUACGAUCAGAAGCAAGUAGGGCAGCGGUGGGGGCGUCAGUUGUUGAGGUUUUGCGACGCUUCCCGGACGGACCACCAAUGCUAGACCCUUUCGGUGAUCUAGGUAUUUCGGACGAAGGCCUUCCAGUUUUGCUGCGAAAGGCUGAAGCUGUGGAAGAAGCGCUGAUUGCUUCACCAGUAGCCAAGUGUCCUCGUCUUGAAGUAGUCAUGUCUCAGUGGCGCAAGAAGCAAGGUAUCAAUGACAAGGUGAAGGCCGUGAAAAGAGAGCUUGAAAUCGCAAGAGGCAUCAUACUGAAAGAAGAAUUGAAGCGCAUGAAAAGAGUAUUACGCAGGCUCAAUUUUACGGACAACGACAGUAUCGUUCAAGUCAAGGGCCGUGUUGCCUGUGAGGUCAAUUCUGCAGACGAACUUGUGAUCACGGAACUGCUGCUGGGAGGUAACCUUAAUCAUAUGGCUCCCGAAGUUCUCGUUUCUCUGUGCUCCUGCUUCAUCCUUGAUGAAGGAAAAAAGGAUGAAAAUUUGAAGCUCGAAAAGGACCUUGAAACUGCGUACCAAACGGUAAAAACUGUUGCCACGAGAGUGGCAACUGUGACAAAAGAAAGCAACAUUUUAAUCGAUAUUGAGACUUACGUCGAGUCAUUCAGCCCCAAUGCGAUGAAUGUGGUUUACUUCUGGUGCAAAGGACAGAGCUUCUCCGAGGUUUGCAAGUUAUCUGACUUGUUUGAGGGAAGCGUGGUUCGUUGCUUCCGAAGACUAGAGGAACUGCUUCGCCAACUGGUUGCAGCAGUGAAAGGAAUUGGUAAUACAGAGCUCGAGCAAAAGUUCGAGGCUGGUUCUGCUGCUUUGAAGCGAGGAAUUGCAUUCCAUGCAUCUCUGUAUACUUGA